AUGUUGGUGAAGGUGAGAUUUAGAGAAACGCAGAAGUAUGUCAAAGUGGCUGAGACUGAAGAUGGCUAUGAUGACUUCAAUACAUUUCUUCAGAAAGGUUAGCAAUACAACCAAGAAUGUUUGUGCAAACUCACUAAUUGCUGUAAUACUUGCUGAAUUUAUCUAGUAUUCAAAUGUCUUAUAUUAUGGAGUUGUGUUUAGGAUAGCUAAUGGUAAUACCCUGUGAAGAAAUCAAAAAGUACUGUUAUUAAGUUGACCAAAAAUGUUGAAAAAACAAGUUAAGCACAUUUCUGGUAAUGUUCUUAUUGUAUUUUUUUAACCAUUGCUUUAAAUCUAAUAUUUUUAUUAGUCAUUCAAAAGCUAGAUCUUCCACUUGAGACUGAGCUGCACUUGACAGAUGAAUCAGGGACAGAAGUCGAUGCAGAUUUGUUUGAGGAGCUUUUGCAAGCAGGGAACCUUACUGUUAGGGUGUCAACUGAGAAGUCAACAGGUGAGACUCAGACUUGUAAGGAGUGGAUUGUCAAUAAUGAGAAUUGUUGAGAACUAAUUAUUUUUUUCCUUUUGUGUAUACAUUUUUAAAUCUGUUUACAGUUGUGAUUCAAGAGGAUCUUUCAAACACUUUAACUACUUCUGCAAAAAAUGUGGACACUCAGGAUGAAGUUGGUGAGCCCUCAACUUCACAGGCAAUGAGAACAGACUCUCCAACAACUACCCAGCUCUCUGUUGACUAUAAUCUUGUGUUAAACGUGUGGUUCUGUUGUAGCACAGUUGCAAGCAUCUGGCGUUGCUGA